AUGAUGGUUCCUGAGAUAGUUAUCAUGAAAUUAAAGAAGUUAAAGUCGAAUUUGAAGUCUUCAGGAGUUGUUAUGAAAGAAAAAUUAAGAACUCGGACAAUCAAAGAACCUUCUACCACAGCUACGCCAAUACCAAAUACUUUUGAAGCAGAUCACAAUAGUGAAGAGACAGACUAUGAAUUUUUUGGAAUUGAGUAUCUCACAUUCCAUGUUUCACCACAAAAGGAUGCCACUGUUGAAUCGAAUAUCAAGGAGACAAUCAAUCCUUAUGUCACUAUACAUGCAUCUAAUGUGGAUACAAAUAGCGAUUCUGGUGAACCAAUAUCUACUUUUCUUCCUGAGACAACUAAUGUCACUCCACCUAAAGGUUCUAUUUCCAAGUCCAAAAUGGAGGAGGGUAGGUCUUCUAACAUCAUUGUGAACUUAUCUAAUAAGGAAUCAAAUGUUACUAUGGAUGAGGAUACUUCGAUAUCUGCUCCAGACAAUUCAACUGUUCCACCGCCACCUUCGUCUCCACCACCAACUUCAACUAUUCCAUCAACAAAAAAUAUAGUUGUUUCUCCGGCAUUUUUCAGGUAUCAUAAAUGA